AUGCCCCAGCAGCCACCACCGAACGCUUUUGCACCAGGCACAAAAUUAACGGUCGGAUCACAUAAAAUCAGCAUCAUCAAGUACAUCUCGGCUGGAGGCUUUGCCUAUGUCUACACCUGCAACAUCGAGCCGCCGUUCCAAGGCAAGAGCGUAGCAUGCCUAAAGAGAGUCGUGGUGCCAAGCAAGUGGCAGUUGACUCUAUUGCGACAGGAAGUCGACGCCAUGAGAAGAUUGCGAGGGAACAAGCACAUUGUUUCCUACAUCGACUCGCAUGCCUCGAGACUCAACGAAGAGCCAGCAAAGCAGCAACAGUACGAAGUGUUGCUCUUGAUGGAGUACUGUGAAAACAACGGCUUGAUUGACUUUAUGAAUACCCGCUUGGUCAAUAAGCUCACGGAGAAGGAGAUUGUGGAUAUCAUGUACCAAGUGACGAUUGGGGUUGCCAUGUGCCACCAUUUGCGGCCGCCGUUGAUCCAUCGAGAUAUCAAGAUUGAAAACGUCUUGAUUGACUCGCACCAUGUGUUCAAGUUGUGCGACUUUGGCUCCUCGGUGAAUUACAUGGCCCCGCCUCGAAAUCCACAGGAGUUGCAACUAAUGAAGGACGACUUGAUGCAGCAUACAACUCCACAGUACAGAGCACCCGAGAUGAUUGACUUGACAAAGGGGUUCCCCGUCGAUGACAAGCUGGAUAUUUGGGCUUUGGGGAUCUUUUUGUACAAGUUGUGCUACUAUACCACCCCGUUUGAACUGCCAAAUCAGUCGAGUUUACAAGAGCUUGAGACAUGCAUACUCAACUGCCACCAAAACCUCCGGUUCAGCGACCAGCCGGGGCUGAUUUUCUCCACCAGAUUGAAAAAUGUCAUCAAGGUUUGUUUACGAGCUGAUCCUAGACGAAGACCCAACGCGGCACAGUUGUUGGGAGAGAUUGCCCAAAUGAGAGGCGAUAAUAGAGUGCCCAAUGUCAUACCUUUGAGCGUGAUUGAAGCUCUCAAAUCGCAAAAAAAGCAGAGCCCAGAGCCACUACUCCCUCAUCAACCUCAACCAAAAGCAACGCAAGCACUUCCUUCUCUUCCUCCUCCUCCUCCUACCAAAUCCAAGACACUACCACCAAAACCCAUCGAUGCCUUUGCUUCAAUAGACAAGAGCAAGCUCUUCACCACCAACUCCAAGAACGAUUCGGAGUCCACCACCACGUCGCCAUUCAGUCUGGAACCCGUCACGACGCCGUCUCGUCCAUUGAGUGCUUACUUUGAUAGCGACCACAAGGCUAAGGUGUACUCCCAGGGGAGCAGGUCAACCACCAAUGUGCAGGAUCUUGUCAAGAAGGAGUUGGCAAAGGGGUACGAGACCACGGAUUUGACCCAGGCCAAGAGCGAGCUUGAGUUUUUGAAGCAGAAUGAGAUGGAGAAAUCCGAUACCGGGGUUAAAGCGGCCUGGAACACCUUGCGCAAGUUGAGCACGGGAGGCAGCCUCAGCGCCAAUAGCACAGGCGCGUCAGACAUGAAUUUCAACAGACGAAGUCUCAAGGAAGUGCUCACCGAUAGCCGAAGAUCCUCUGACGAGAAAAUCAAGACUAGCCAGCCACCAUCGGGAGUCAGAACUGCAUCGGAUGAAAUAAUCAAGCCUGCAGAAAUUGCGAGCAGCAGAUCCUGGGACGAGAAAAAUGCGGCACCAAAGGCUGGGUCCAAGGACAAGGACAAGGACAAAAACAAGGAAAAAGAAAACUCGAUACAAAAGAGAAUGCAGACGUUAUUGGACCAAAGCACCAGCCUCCCCAUCAAGAAAACGGCCCUGGGCUACGGAAGAUUCACCGAUAAGAACGUUGUUGACGACAUCAACUCCAUCAACAACACUCCCCACAGGACACAAGUGCACCACACAAGAGAGCAUCGAAAGCUUUCACCGCCUAAAGUUCCGUUAAACUUGUCCUCGACUAGGAAAACGGUUUCUUCGAUCGAUGUCAAAGCCACGUCGGAACCGCCUGAAUUUGCAAAGAAAAACGUCCCGGCUAAAACAAAGACACCACCUGUUAAACCCAAGAAACCACCUGUGAAGCCCAAGAAGCCGCAGUUUUUGCAAAAGCCCGGAAGUAAUGGAUCGCGGCGGUUGAGCACCAGCUCCGAGUUUUCGGUGCCCGACAUUGAUGAUCUUGAAAAACAGUUUUCCAAGAGAUUUCCCAGUUAUGUAUAG